CCCUUGCAGCAGCCAAUGCAGAAUCCAAGUUUGGCUGCUCAGCCGAUGGGAGAAGACUCCAUCGGCAACUCCGCUAAAGAAGCCGGAGCUCCGGCAAAGCGCCAGCGUUUCGACCGCUGCUGCUCCUUCAUGGAGAUCUCCAUGGAACCAGGAAUGAAAUCCCUGGCAAGCCUGGAUUCCAAGAAGUUCAAAUCGGAGAUCAAGAAAUGGGCUAAGGCUGUUGUUACCUACGCCCGUCAGGUCAGCGGCCAGUUUGGAAGCAUCCGUGAUUCCGGCGACCGGGUUGGAAGCUCUCGUAGAUGAUCGAAACUGCUGCAGCAAGAGCAUGAUCUGUACAUACCUAGGCCUUCUCUCGAAUCAAUUGCUUUAACCGAAAGGCCCAUAUAAACAAAACAGAGUUGUUUUAGCAGCACAAGCCCACCUACUGUUCUACAUUCUUCAAGGAGGCAAGGCAACACAAUACAAUUACAGAGUUGUCUUCACAAUGAUUCUUCACUGAUAUGUUGCUUGCGGGAAGAAAUGAAGAAGAAUUCUUUUCAUAAAAAAUGCUGUAUUUAUACAAAUAAAAGAACCCCAGUUGAGGCAAUACUCUAUGCUGACACAACUAGGCUUCACAUAUGUUCCUUGAAUAAUCUUAAAGAAAUUCAAGAAGAUUUUUUUUCGUCAAA